GGAUGUCGGCGGGCGGCCGCGACGAGGAGCGGCGGAAGCUGGCCGACAUCAUCCACCACUGGAACGCCAACCGGCUGGACCUGUUCGAGAUCAGCCAGCCCACCGAGGAUUUGGAGUUUCAUGGCGUAAUGAGAUUUUAUUUUCAAGAUAAAGCUGCUGGAAACUUUGCAACAAAAUGCAUUCGGGUCUCUAGUACGGCCACCACGCAAGACGUGAUCGAGACGCUGGCAGAGAAAUUCCGCCCUGACAUGCGGAUGCUGUCGUCCCCCAAGUACUCCCUCUACGAAGUCCACGUCAGCGGAGAAAGAAGAUUGGAUGUAGAUGAGAAACCCCUUGUUGUGCAGUUGAAUUGGAAUAAAGACGAUCGAGAGGGCAGAUUCGUUCUCAAGAAUGAGAACGAUGCCCUUCCUCCUAAGGCUCAAAGCAAUGGACCUGAAAAGCAGGAGAAAGAAGGUGUUAUCCAGAACUUCAAGAGAACUCUCUCCAAGAAAGAGAAGAAGGAGAAAAAGAAGAGAGAGAAAGAGGCAGUGAGGCAGGCAUCUGAGAAAGAUGAUCGGCCUUUCCAAGGGGAUGACCUCGAGAAUUCCCGACUGGCCGCCGAGGUUUACAAAGACAUGCCCGAGACCAGCUUCACUCGCACGAUCUCCAACCCCGAGGUGGUCAUGAAGCGCCGGCGGCAGCAGAAGCUGGAGAGGCGGAUGCAGGAGUUCCGGAGCUCGGACGGGCGGCCCGACUCAGGUGGAACACUGAGAAUUUAUGCAGAUAGCUUAAAACCGAACAUUCCCUACAAGACAAUCCUGCUGUCCACCACGGAUCCUGCUGACUUUGCUGUGGCCGAGGCUCUAGAGAAAUACGGUCUGGAGAAGGAGAACCCUAAAGAUUACUGCAUCGCCCGGGUUAUGCUGCCUCCUGGAGCCCAGCAUUCGGAUGAAAACGGUGCUAAAGAAACGAUCCUCGAUGAUGACGAGUGUCCUUUACAGAUCUUCAGGGAGUGGCCAACUGACCGAGGGGUUUUAGUCUUUCAGUUGAAGAGGAUGCCGCCAGACUACGUCCCGAAGAAAACGAAGAAACAUGUCGACGGAAUGGUGAAAGGGAAAGAGAGAGCCGAGGGUUCCGGCUGCUCAGCACUUCCGCCUGAGAAAUUGCCCUACUUGGUGGAGCUCAGCCCAGAUGGUUCUGACUCCAGGGACAAGCCCAAGCUUUACCGCCUUCAGUUGAGCGUUACUGAGGUCGGGACAGAGAAGUUCGAGGAGAACUCCAUCCAGCUGUUUGGAUCAGGAAUUCAGCCCCAUCACUGUGACCUCACAAACAUGGAUGGAGUUGUCACCGUGACUCCGAGAAGCAUGGACGCCGAGACGUACGUGGAAGGACAGCGCAUCUCCGAGACAACCAUGCUGCAGAGUGGGAUGAAAGUGCAGUUUGGGGCGUCACACGUGUUCAAGUUUGUGGACCCCAGCCAGGACCACGCAGUGGCCAAGAGACCCGUGGAUGGAGGCCUGACGGCCAAGGGCCCCAGACAGAAGCCUGGAAUUGUUCAGGAGACAACUUUCGAUUUGGGGGGAGAUGUUCACAGCGGGGCAGCGCUGCCAGCGAGCAAGAGCGCCACCAGGCUGGACAGCGACAGGGCACUGCCUGCCCCCAGCACGGCCGAGCGCGGGACAGCGAAGCCGAUGCUGAGACUGGAGCAGCAGGACCACCGCCGGCGAGAAAACAGAACUCAGGAUGCUCUUGGGCCUGAACUCAUACUGCCUGCAAGCGUUGAAUUCAGCGAAAGUUCUGAAGAUUCAUUUUUAUCUGCCAUUAUAAAUUAUACUAAUAGCUCUACAGUCCAUUUUAAGUUGUCACCUACAUAUGUAUUAUAUAUGGCAUGUCGGUAUGUAUUGUCGAGCCAGUACAGACCCGAUGUCAGUCCUACAGAGCGUACUCACAAAGUGAUUGCCAUAGUCAACAAGAUGGUGAGCAUGAUGGAGGGGGUGAUUCAGAAACAGAAGAAUAUCGCAGGGGCACUUGCUUUCUGGAUGGCCAACGCAUCUGAGCUUCUCAACUUCAUUAAGCAGGACCGAGAUCUUAGUCGAAUCACAUUGGACGCCCAAGAUGUUUUAGCACACUUGGUUCAGAUGGCGUUUAAAUAUCUGGUUCAUUGUCUUCAGUCAGAACUGAAUAACUACAUGCCGGCUUUUCUGGAUGACCCUGAAGAGAACAGUCUACAAAGACCAAAAAUAGAUGACGUCUUGCACACGCUCACGGGAGCGAUGGCGCUGCUGAGGCGCUGCAGGGUCAAUGCUGCUCUGACCAUCCAGCUUUUCUCUCAGCUCUUCCACUUCAUCAACAUGUGGCUCUUCAACAGAUUGGUGACCGACCCCGAGUCGGGACUGUGCUCUCACUAUUGGGGGGCGAUCAUCCGCCAGCAGCUGGGGCACGUGGAAGCCUGGGCAGAGAAGCAGGGAUUAGAGCUGGCGGCCGACUGUCACCUGAGCCGGAUAGUACAGGCGACCGCUUUGCUCACCAUGGAUAAAUACGCUCCUGAGGACACCCCAAAUAUCAACAGCACCUGCUUUAAGUUAAAUUCGCUGCAGCUGCAGGCCUUGCUACAGAAUUACCACUGUGCGCCCGAUGAGCCCUUCGUCCCCACGGACCUGAUAGAGAACGUCGUGGCCGUGGCCGAAAACACGGCCGACGAGCUGGCACGCAGUGAUGGGCGGGAGGUGCAGCUGGAAGAGGACCCUGAUCUGCAGCUGCCUUUUCUUUUGCCGGAAGACGGCUAUUCUUGUGACGUCGUCAGGAACGUUCCAAACGGUUUACAAGAAUUUCUGGACCCUCUGUGCCAGAGAGGGUUUUGCAGGUUAAUUCCUCAUGCACGUUCACCAGGUACUUGGACGAUAUAUUUUGAAGGUGCAGAUUAUGAGAGCCAUCUUCUGCGUGAGAACACAGAGCUGGCUCAGCCUCUGCGGAAAGAACCUGAAAUAAUCACUGUGACUCUCAAAAAGCAAAACGGAAUGGGCCUCAGCAUUGUCGCGGCAAAGGGUGCUGGUCAAGAUAAACUUGGAAUCUAUGUCAAGUCUGUCGUAAAAGGAGGUGCUGCAGAUGUGGAUGGGCGCCUGGCCGCAGGUGACCAGCUCCUCAGUGUGGAUGGACGAAGUCUGGUAGGACUCUCUCAAGAAAGGGCAGCAGAACUCAUGACAAGGACCAGUUCCGUGGUGACACUGGAAGUAGCCAAGCAAGGAGCGAUCUACCACGGCCUGGCCACCCUGCUCAACCAGCCGUCCCCGAUGAUGCAGAGAGUUUCAGACCGUCGUGGCUCAGGUAAACCCCGACCAAAGAGCGAAGGUUUCGAGCUCUAUAACAAUUCAGCUCAAAACGGGUCACCCGAGAGCCCUCAGCUGCCUUGGGCAGAAUACAGCGAACCGAAGAAGCUCCCUGGCGAUGACAGGCUGAUGAAGAACCGGGCUGACCACCGCUCCAGCCCCAACGUGGCAAAUCAGCCCCCCAGUCCCGGAGGGAAAAGCGCGUACGCCCCUGGAGCAGCCGCUAAGAUCACGUCCGUCUCCACCGGAAACCUCUGCACUGAGGAGCAGACCCCUCCACCUCGACCUGAGGCCUACCCCAUCCCCACCCAGACGUACACCAGGGAGUACUUCACCUUCCCGGCCUCCAGGUCCCAGGACCGCGUGGCUCCCCCUCAGAACCAGUGGCCCAGUUACGAGGAGAAGCCGCACGUGCACACAGAUGGUCAUCAGUCCGGCCCCGCGAUGCAGCGCGUCACCCGCUCCCAGGAGGAGCUCCGGGAGGAUAAGGCUUACCCACUCGAGCGGCCUCGGCCGGAGGCGGUGCCGGAUCGCAAGUCCGACAGCGACGUGUGGAUCCAGCCGAGCUCCUCGGUGGGCUCCGGCACGUCCAGCCAGGAGCGCCCGGAGCCCUGCUCCAAGUCGGGCACCCCCGCCUCCACGCUGACCAAGAGCGGCCCCGGGCGCUGGAAGACGCCGGCCCCCGCGCGGCCCCCGCCGGCGGCCCCCCCGCCCGCGCAGACAGACCUGCCCCCGCCGCCGCCCCCGCCGCCCCCCGCGCACUACGCCGCCGGGGACUUCGGCGGGACCCCCGUGGGCCUGCCCCUCCCGCCCCCGCCCAGCGGCCAGGCGGCGGCGGAGCGGAGGAAACGGGAGGAGCAGCAGCGCUGGUACGAGAAGGAGAAGGCCCGCCUGGAGGAGGAGCGGGACAGGAAGCGCCGGGAGCAGGAGCGGAAGCUGGGCCAGAUGCGCCCCCAGGCCCCGAACGCGGCCGCGUUCUCCCCAGUGACCGUCGCGCACACGAAGCCGGAGAAGCCGGAGAAGCCGUCCACGCUCCAGAGGGCCCAGGACACGGUCAUCCGGGAGCUGCAGCCCCAGCAGCAGCCACGCACCGUCGAGCGCCGAGACUUGCAGUACAUCACGGUCAGCAAAGAGGAGCUGUCCCCGGGGGACAGCCUGUCCCCCGACCCCUGGAAGCGGGACGCCAGGGAGAAGCUGGAGAAGCAGCAGCAGAUGCACAUCGUGGACAUGCUGAGCAGGGAGAUCCGGGAGCUCCAGAGCAAGCCCGAGCGCAGCGCCGAGGACAGCGACCGCCUGCGCAAGCUCAUGCUGGAGUGGCAGUUCCAGAAGCGACUGCAGGAGUCCAAGCAGAAGGACGAGGACGACGACGAGGAGGAGGACGACGACGACGUGGACACCAUGCUGGUCAUGCAGCGCCUCGAGGCUGAGCGGAGAGCAAGGUUACAGGACGAGGAGCGGCGGCGGCAGCGGCAGCUGGACGACAUGCGCAGGCGGGAAGCGGAGGACCGCGCCAGGCAGGAGGAGGAGAGGACGAAGCGAGACGCCGAAGACAAGAGGCGACAGGAAGAAGGUUAUUACAGCCGCCUGGAAGCCGAGAGGCGCAGACAGCACGCGGAGGCCGAGCGCAGGCUGCUGGAGCCGGAGGAGCCGGGCCUGGGCAGACCGCCGCUGCCGCGGGGCUACGAGCCCCCGGCCCCGUCCUCCCCGGCGGCUGCUCCUCCUCCCCCACCUCAGCGGACCGCCUCCUCCCUGCAGGCCCCGGCCCUGUCCCCAGACUCCCUGUACACCGCCAGGCUCGUUGCGUACCACGAGGAGGAGGAGGAGGAGGACUGCAGUCUGGCAGGACCAAACUCUUCCGUGGGAUCUUCCGGGGCAGUGAUCGGUGCCCGUGACGGCUCCUGGGACCCGAGAGAGAGGCUGGCGAAAAGCCAUGAUGCAGAUUUACCUGGAAAUUCCGGAGCCCCUGAGAACUUGACAUUCAAAGAGCGCCAGCGGCUGUUCUCACAAGGUCAAGAUGUGUCCAAUAAAGUGAAAGCCUCUCGUAAAUUAACAGAACUGGAAAACGAACUGAACACAAAGUGAGACCAGGAAAUGGCACCCGUGCUCAGCCCAACGUCCUCCCGGUGCGGCUUUGGAGGAUGGUCGGGGGAGAGAAGGAGGCGGCGGCAUUUCCGAGUCACAGAAGGGCUGUUUGGAAGAUGGGUGGGAUUUAGAGGUGGUCCCAGUCCAAGAAGCCCUUUUGUUUUACCAGGAGAUUAUCAUUUAUACGAUGUACACACUGUCUAAUUUCUUAAUUAUCUGACUCACCCGAAGAUACGUUUUUUGUUGCUUUUUCUAGAGUCCAAGCUGGAAAGGGGGAGCGUGCAGCGCAGGCGAGGGCAGUGGGGUGUCUCCCCCGCUGUCCCCAGGGGGUGCCGAGAGGCCACGUCCGUCCCGUGUCACAGACUGGACUGUAGGGAUGGGACGGGGAGUAGCCUGAACCCCCAGACCUUGUUUGCACUAUUCCGUAGUAACUGCAGAUGUCCCGGAGGAGGGUGGGCACGGAGGACACGCCCGGCGCGUUGAGUCCAGAGCUCUCGUGGGCCGGGCUCGCUAGUCUUGUCCGUGCAGUCAGGAUGCGGUUCGGACCCACACCUCCUGGGAGGGAGGUGAUGCCCAUCGGAGACCCUGCCCCUCUCCUUCCAUACGGGGACAGCCCUCCCAGUACAUUCUAAGUAGUUGAUUUUAAAAAAUUCUCCAAGAAGAAAAUUUUGAGGAUUUAAGCUUAGGAUACUUUAUUUUUAUAAACGUCAGAUUAUCGUUAGGCUAAUAAAUCAUUGGUGAUUUUGAAGAUGGCAAUGACGUUAGGAAGUUAAUAUUUCAAAUAUUCAGGGGAAUCUGUAAAAGAGCAUCUGUUUAGCUGGGCAGUGUCGAUGUGGGUAGAAACACAGAUAUUGGAGAGGGAUGGGGGGGGGGGCAGGGGUCAGUAGUGACCUUUGAGCACAACUAUUGCUCAGAAAUUUUAAAUGCAGAGAAGAAAGAGUGACAUCCAUGUCCUGUCUGGGAAAGAAGGGCCAAUGACAUGGCAUCUGCGAUUUAAAUACUGUAAGAGUGGCUUGUGAGGCAGUUGAAAGUAUUUUUUUUUUCACAUCUGAUAGUUACUGAACUUUCAUUUGAUGAGUUACUGUGACCAGUGUCCUUUCUUUAGCUGUGAACAUGUGGCCGAUACAGACACGGAUCUCACUCUGGUUUCUACUGUGUGAUGUGAAAAUGGUAAAUUACGUGGGGAUUAUGAGCAAAGCUUCUAUUUGACAAGGCCCUGCUGUGGGAUCCUGAGGAUUUUUCUGCACCAGAUUGUUCUUACAAAAUGCGUAUGUUAGAAAAACGUGCACACUUUCAAACAGAAGAGGGAGGAGAGCCUUUUUAGCCUUAGAAAUCACUUUAAUAGGCGCUGUAUGAUAAAUCAUUGAAACGCGAGUGUAAAUAGUUUUCACGUCUAUCAGGGUUCUUAUCUGGAAGUGUGCUGUCACCGCUGCCCUCGUUUAAGAGAGUAACCUGGUCUACGUGUUUAUGAAGGAUGCGCUUGCUUUAGAGCUCUAGGAGAAGCAGGCCCCUCCCGGAGAGCUCGACAACACUGGCCGCCUCACGGGGACAAAAUCCACACUUGCUGUCAUGAAGCAGACGCAGCGGAGUCACUGUUCCGUUAAUCUGUAGAAAGAACAAACACGCCUAAGUACACGCACAUACAUGUAAAUACUUACAUGCAGGGGCGUGUGUGUGUGUGUGUGUGUGCGCGCGUAUGUGUGUGUGUGUGGUUGUAAACCUGGAAACGGGUGGGUUUGGCCGCCCGUGGGUGACGAGGUCAUGACUGUGCGUCACUGUGGAAACACCAGAACUGCUGUACUUCCCAUUUCUACUGUAGCUCAUUUGCAAUCUAUUUUUAAUAAACUUUGUAUGUAUUUGAGCGGA